AUGUCUGAACGCAAAGACUGGCCUGAAUUGGUUGGGCAAUCAUUCGAAGCAGCAUCCCAAAUAAUUUUACAAUUUGACUCAAGCUUACAUCCAUAUAAUGCAAUCAAUGGAAUGCAAAAUCGAAUGCUCGAUCCAAAACGUGUCGUAUGUGUCACAGAUGAUAACGGUAUUGUAACAGAAGUUCCAUCUUACACUCAUCAGUAA